AUGUGCACACCUCUCGGCAUUCGCACUGUGGCUUUCACUAAUUACUAUAGAAAUAACUUCUCUUCUCUUACUCUACUAAUCGUCAAAAUGCCUUUGUCUCCGCUUGUUGAAGAUGCCUUGGACUUAAUUGGAAACACUCCGUUGAUUAAACUCAACAAGAUUCCAGAAGCCUAUGGCAUCAAAGCUAAUAUCUACGCCAAGGUCGAACUUUUCAACUUGGGAGGUUCCAUCAAGGACAGAAUCGCCAAAAACAUGGUUUUGGAGGCCGAGAAGACCGGCCGUAUCAAGCCAGGUUACACUUUGAUCGAGCCAACCUCUGGUAAUACCGGUAUUGGUUUGGCUUUGGUGGGUGCCAUCAAGGGAUACAGAACCAUCAUUACUCUUCCAGAGAAGAUGUCCAACGAGAAGGUGUCUGUUUUGAAGGCAUUGGGUGCCGAGAUCAUCAGAACUCCAACUGAGGCUGCUUGGGACUCUCCAGAGUCUCACAUUGGCGUCGCCAAGAAGUUGGAGAAGGAGAUCAAGAACUCCGUUAUCUUGGAUCAAUACAGUAACGAGGCCAACCCUAACGCACACUACUACGGUACUGGUUUCGAGAUUUGGGAACAAACCGAAGGUAAAGUUACCCACUUGGUUGCCGGUGCUGGUACAGGUGGUACUAUCACUGGUAUUUCCAAGUACUUGAAGGAGAAGAACCCAGAGAUCAAGGUUGUUGGUGCCGACCCUAAGGGUUCGAUCUUGGCCGUUCCAGAGUCUUUGAAUGGCAGUGUUGACCCAUACCUCGUGGAGGGUAUUGGUUACGACUUCAUCCCAGAUGUUUUGGAGAGAAAGUGGGUUGACUCUUGGAUCAAGACCGACGACGCCGAGUCCUUCAAAUUGGCCAGAAAGGUCAUCAGAGAGGAGGGAAUUCUUGUCGGUGGUUCCUCUGGUUCCGCUUUGCAAGCUGCUUUGGAAGUUGCCAAGGACUUGACCGAGAACGACACUGUUGUCGUCGUCUUCCCAGAUUCCAUCAGAUCUUACUUGUCUAAGUUCGCUGACGAUGAGUGGAUGACCACUAACGGUUUUGAGGUCGAAGACACCUCCAAGAACGGCUCUAAGAGUGACGACUUCUUGUCCAACAAGACUAUCAGAGAUUUGGUUGCUGGAAAGCCACCAGUUGUGACUGUUACCUUGGCUGACACUGUUGGUAAGACCUUCGAGUUGUUGCAAAGCAACGGCUUCGACCAAUUGCCAGUAUUGAGUCUGUCCGGUAACUUGAUUGGUUUGAUCACCUUGUCAAAGAUCUUGAAGUCCUUGUCAACCAAAAAGGUCCAAUUGACCAACUCCAUUAGAUCCGUCUUCUUGGACUUCAGAAAGUUGGCUGACUUUGAGAAGUCCUUCUCUAUUGACAAGGCCUCUGGUUUCACCAAGAAGUCUUACCAGGCCAUUACCUUGGACACUCCAUUGUCCUUGUUGAACAAGUUCUUCGAAACCCACUCGAACGCUAUCAUUACCGACGAAGACUUGAAGCCAGUGCAAAUCGUCACCAAGGUUGACCUUUUGUCAUACAUGACCAAGCAGACCACUCUUUAA